CAAAAGAGUGAUGUGACGUUGAAUAUCAACAAACUGAAAGCUGAUUGUUUGUUUUUUUUUUUGCCUUUUUUUUAUUAUUAAUAACCAUGGCUGCGAACGAGUCUGACGUUUUAUCAGAGACGGAAUCAAUACAAGAGGCCAUUAUUCACUCUCUUUCUGAUAACAAUCAUCUUCAUAACGAAGAAGAGGAUCACUCUGAUAGCGACAUUCUUGACUUGACAGCAGAAGAAAUGGCUUUCAUAAAUGAUUAUAACGACACCCAUAGCCGCAGCAGUAGUAGUCAAACAGCCCAGGGCAGCUCUUCUCUAGACGAUGAUGUUUAUGCAUUCUUUGUUGAAGCCGGUCUCGAAAAUCCUGAUGAAUUACGUGCGUUAGGUAUCGACAUUGAGACGAUCCGUGCUCAAAAGGAGUUGGAAGAAAGAAUUGAACGGGAAACCAAGAGAGAUCUUGAAAUGGCCAGAUUGAUGCAACAAACUUAUGAACGUGAAUUACAGCAGCCUUCGGGUUCACAAACACCGGCACCAACACCUCUACAGACCACGUUGAAGAGAGAAAAUGAAGCGACUGAAGUAGAAGACAGGAAUAAACGAGCUAGAAGGGGGAAUAUAAUUGAAUUAGAUGAUGAAGAUGAUAAUACUUAUCUGAUUGACCUUACAGAGGAAAAUGAAUUGGAUGAAGUCAUUCCUUUGGAGGAUGAAUCGGAUGAAGAAGUUGUUGAUUAUCUUAGUCAUGUGCCUUGGAUGAGAUACAAUCCUGGUGCUUCUAGCUCUGCAGCAGCUCAAAGAAGAAAAGACAAGGAAGCACAUCGUCCGAUAGCAUCUAGAUGUAGUGGAUCCAGCUUUAAUAUAGAGCCUGGCGCCUUGAAUCCUUCUAGUUUUAUACCACCUCCCGCCCUAAGUGCUGAUACCUUGCGUGGUGCGCAUCGCUUAGACCAUAUGUCUGCCAUUAUCGAUCGUAUACGUGAACAACAGCUGUCUACACCUCCCCUUCCUGGUAUACGCUCUUCUACUAUAUCACCCGAGCAGGCUGAAAGGGAACUACGUACCUUGUUGCAGAAUAUAACAGAUGAUGAGCCGCCGCCACCAGAAAACAGAACAGGAACGCCUGAUCGAAUGAGUAUCAACCUGCUUGAGCAUCAGAAAAUCGGCUUACAGUGGAUGUACAAGAUGGAAACAUCCAACAACCGCGGAGGUAUUCUGGCUGAUGAUAUGGGUCUUGGAAAGACAAUACAAGCAUUGUCUAUCAUUUGCCGCAAUCCCUGUGAGAACCCUACACCAGUUGACCCGAGUAACAUAUCGAAAAGAAUGGUCGAUGUUACUGGUGAGCUCAACCUAAAGGCCACUUUGAUCGUCUGCCCUGUGUCUUUAAUUGAUCAAUGGCGUAGAGAGAUUGAAUCAAAGACAGAGCCAAAACUUAAUGUUCUUUUAUACUAUGGCCCUGGGAGAACUAGAAAUCCUUAUGCACUUGCAAACUAUGACGUUAUCAUCACUUCUUAUGCAGUAGCCGCAUCUGAUUUUAAUGAAAGAUUCAAAGGUCCACUUUCUAAAGUCAAGCUUCAUAGAGUCAUUCUAGACGAAGCACAUACAAUCAAAAACAAGGGAACUCUGGCUGCUCGUGGAUGUUGUCAAUUAGAGAGCACUUACAGAUGGUGUAUGACAGCUACUCCUAUUCAAAACAAGGUGGAUGAACUCUAUUCCUUGAUCAAAUUUCUGCGUAUUCGUCCUUUCUGCGAGUGGGACGAAUUUAGAGAUACAAUCAUCAAACCGAUGCGCUCGGGUAAUGCCAACAAGGGUAUCAGAGUCGCUCAUGUGUUAAUGAAGGCGAUCUCACUGCGACGCUCAAAGAAGGCAGUGAUUGAUGGACGACCGAUCCUGGAUCUUCCUGAAAGAAAUGUUCACAUGACCUAUGUCGAUUUCUCGCCUGAUGAGCGUACUCACUAUGACUUUGUGAACGCUAGGGCUCAAGCAAGAUUCACACGAUAUAUGCAAGCAGGCACAGUCAUGAAGAACUACUCCUCCAUCCUCGUGCUUCUGCUACGUCUUAGACAGGCCUGUUUGCAUCCCAGUUUGACUGUAGAAGAAGGGACUGCUGUCGAGAAGGCCAAGCAUGGUGAACGCACUGAACUUGCCAAAAAAAUGAAACCGGAAGUGGUCAGACGUUUGUUAAGUGAUGCUAUCUCGUUAAAAGAGAUUGAAUGCCCCAUCUGUAUGGAUAUUGCUGCUGACGCACAAAUUAUGCAAUGUGGUCACAUCCUCUGUAAAGAGUGCUUUGACAAUUAUUGGAACAAUCAAGAUGGCAACAUGAAGCGUUGUCCUCAGUGUCGUGGUCCUAUUGACAGACAGAUGUUAGUUGAUGUCGAAUCGUUCUUGAAGGUACAUGCACCUGAUCUUAUCAAAGAAGCAGAGGAAGUCGUUCCUGAACAGGAAGUGGCCAAAGUUGCCGAGUUUAUCUCGAGCGCCAAGAUUGACAAGAUGUUGGAGAUUCUUGAACAGACAGCUCAAGAGACAAAUGAUCAAGACAAGACGAUCAUCUUUUCUCAGUUUACUGGCAUGCUUGAUAUUAUUGAAAAGCCCUUGAAAGAGAAGGGAUACCGGUUCUUGAGAUAUGAUGGUUCUAUGGAUGUACGACAUCGAUCCAAUGCAGUCAAUAAGUUCUUUGAUGAUCCAGAGAUCAAGAUCCUGAUUGUGUCUACCAAAUGUGGAUCCUUGGGACUUAACUUGACCUGUGCAAACCGUGUUAUCCUCCUUGAUCUCUGGUGGAAUCCAGCCAUUGAAAAUCAAGCCAUUGAUCGUGUGCAUCGUAUUGGACAGACCAAGCCCGUGGAUGUACAUCGUAUAUUUGUCAAGGACACAGUAGAAGAUCGUAUUCUGGCACUACAACAGAAAAAACAGGACAUUGCAGACGGCGUUUUAGGUGAAGGAUCAAGAACAUCACUGAGUAGAUUAGGUCUUAACGAAUUGAUUUACCUAUUUCGUGGUGGCGAUAUUCCUGGAGAGGACGAAUAAAGAGAAAACGAGAGAGAAGACGAUGAAAAUAACUUGUAUCUGUACAUAUUCUCCUAUACCCCCCCCCCCUUCCCCUUCCCCUCUUUAUCCCUUUCUCUUAAAAUUAAUAAAAUGCCAACAGCCUUUUUAUGACUAGUUUUUAUAUUAAUUUGAUUAACC